AUGUUUUUCUCAUGCAGUGCGGUGCAGUGCAUCGUUGAUUUCUUUCUUGAUUGUCGUUGUUAUAGUGCGGAGUAUUUUGCGCUCCUUUCUCUUCUAUGGUGCGUGAGAGUUUGUCUGGUUUAUUACUAUUAUUAUUGUUGUUGUCUCAUCGCUGGUUGUUCUCGUUUCGCCAUACUUAUCUUUUUCUUUUUCGUUUUUUCUCCUCCUUGGUUUUGCUUCCCUGUGGGCGUGCUCGGGUCGUGGCAGGAAAGAGAGCGAGGAAGCAACGAAGAUGGCCGCAGUGAUGUGGGGAUUGCAGUGCUGGCGCUGCGGUCCACGGCGUGA